GUGUGUCUCCUUUGCCAUGUCUUCCAGAACAGACAACUCCAUAAAGAAUCAUUGGAACUCCACCUUGAAACGUAAGGUGGAGAAGGAGGGUUACCUGCACUUCUUGCAGCUGCAUGGUUCAAGCUCCGCCCCCAGACCUGGGACCAGGACCCACGCAUCCCGCAGAGCCCAGUCUAAGGCCGACAGUCUGUCCACCAUCAAAGACGAGUCCAGCUUCUCUUCCAAUCAGAGCACCUGCAGACCGCAUGGAAGCUCCGCCCACCUGUGUUCCACCUGGGCCCCUGCUUCCUGCUCAGGCUGCAAGCAGGGCGUGUCCACUGACCUGAUGGAGAUGCAGAAGUCCUGCUCGUCCCAGAACCUGGAGGCUUGGAGCUACCAGGAAAUGACAUCACACCCAUCUCCAGAGGCGCCGCUGCUCAGAGAGGACUCUCCAUCCGUCAUCGACCUGAGCAGGAGCUAUGUUCCAGGUGUUAAGGAGCAGUUGAUGAAGACGGAUGAAGGAGCGUCCUUCCUGGACUCGUCCUCGUCCUGGGAGAGGAGCAGCAUGAUGGAGGCAGCAGUCUUCUCCCCAGCUGAGGUCUUCAGCCUGAGUGCUGCAGAGGAGCUGAGCUUCCAGCGCCCGCCGCUCACCUCCACGCCGCUCUGCUCCCUCAAACACCAGAACGUCUGCUGUGUCCACUGCAGCCUCGGCUCCAGGACAGAGCAGAUCAGAGCACUGUUCCCCUCGGCUCCGGAGACACCCACGCCGCUCAAGGUGCCCGACUGCCAGGACGAGGUGGCAGCCUGCUCCAGACUGAUGAUGAACCUGACAGGAGGAGAGAGGAGCAGUGACCCUGACAGCCAGCAGUCCAGCUGCAGCUCUGAGGUGCACGGGGAGAGCCUGCUGAGCUCCAUCCUGCAGAGUCAGAACGGGACCGGCUCGGCCUCACAGGUCCAAGUCGGUUCCGGUUCAGGCCAGCAGAAGGUCCAGGGCCCGUCCGGCUCGGCGGUUCCGGCUCAGGCCCGCUUCGUCCCGACCUGCGACGAGUUCGAAUGCUUCCCGCUGGACGAGCAGCUGGAGGUGUGGUGGGCCCAGCAGCACGCUCCCAACCAGGGCUCUCCCGAGUGUCCGGCCAACAGAACCAACCCGUUCGAGGUGAGCGGCGAGCUGCAGGUGGUGAUGUUCGGGAGAACCGAGGACCAGGCCAGUCUGACCCAGCAGGCCCGCCACUAUGUGGCACCGUGACCAGAACCAGGUCCAGACCCGGCUGCACCAAGCG